AACUGGCAACCCAAGUCAGUGAGCCUGCAUGCAGUAUUGUGCAGGAGCAGACUCCCCGCAGGGAUCCCCAGGGUUACACACACUGCUGUUUAGAUGGCUGACAGAAAGGAGUAACUUGGUGAACGGUGCUGCAAACACUCUGGGAUCAUCUAGCAAGUGUCUCGGGCACUUAUUACGAUAAAAUGGAGCAAGAAUUUGAAGACAUUGAUUCGUCCGGGAGAUGGCAAAACCUUUACAAUGAGAUCCGUAACCAAGCCAGCGAAUACCCUUACAAAGUGGCAAAACUCCCAAUGAAUCGGAAUUUGAACCGCUACAGAGAUGUCAGCCCAUUCGAUCACAGUCGGGUCAAACUUGAAAACUCUGAAAAUGACUACAUCAAUGCAAGUUUAGUCAUGAUGGAGGAAGCCCAACGAGCUUACAUUCUGUCUCAGGGGCCUCUAAGGAAUACCUGUGGUCAUUUCUGGCUGAUGAUUUGGGAGCAGUGUUCCAAAGCUGUUCUAAUGCUCAACAGAAUCAUUGAAAAGGGAUCUGAAAAGUGUGCGCAGUACUGGCCCACCUCAGAGGGGCAUCCAAUGUCUUUCACUGACACAGGGUUUGUGGUCAGGCUGCUCUCAGAGGAAGACCAAUCCUAUUACACAAUACGGGUGCUACAACUGCAAAACACAAUGACGGGGGAGUCGAGGGAGAUCUACCACUUCCACUACACCACGUGGCCUGACUUUGGAGUCCCAGAAUCCCCAGCCUCCUUCCUCAACUUCCUCUUUAAGGUCCGGGAGUCCGGCUCGUUGGGAGCAGAACAGGGUCCCGCAGUGGUGCACUGCAGCGCUGGGAUUGGACGCUCGGGGACCCUCGCCUUGGUGGACACCUGCCUGGUCCUGAUGGACAGGAGGAAGAACCCGUCAUCAGUAGACAUUCAGAAGGUGCUUCUGGACAUGAGGGAGUACCGCAUGGGCCUGAUCCAGACCCCAGACCAGCUGCGCUUCUCCUACAUGGCCGUCAUCGAGGGAGCCAAGCUCACCCUGCUAGAGUGCUCAGCAGCGCAGCAGAUAGUCAUACCUAGAGAUGGUGUAGAGGCAGAUCUGCCCCCGCCACCUCCUCCACCCAGACCUCAUCUCAACGACAACAGGCCCAACGGUCAGCCGGGACCCUGUGCGGAGCCAGAGGCCACCUCAGAAGAGCCCCUGUCAGCAGAACCCCAGUCAGCAGGAGAGCCAGAGAGUCAGGACCCCGACACAGCAGAUAGCUCUGGGCAUGUGAGAAAGCGACACCGUGAGGAGAGGAUCGCCAGCACCUCCCAGAAGGUCCAGCAGAUGAAACAGAGACUGAGCGACUCGGAGAGGAAACGGGACAAAUGGCUAUACUGGAGACCCAUCCUGCUCAACGUGGGGGCUGGGGCAGCGGUGGCUGUGGGCCUGCUGGUGGUCUGGAUGUACGCCCAGUGAAACACUCUGGGUCACUUUAAACGGACUCCUAUUUUGCACCAGUACCUGGGAUUAGGUACUUCUCUAAGUAGAUGUAGAUGGUAAAAUGUGCAUAACUGAGGGUAUUUAUUUCUUACGGUCAAAAUGCGGGAGCGCUAGAUCAAAUGAUUGUGUAUAUUUUUCAUGUAAGAUCAAACAAACUAGUAACAUCUCAGGAUCUUGGUGCCAGCACGAUGAUUUCAUUUUCUUUUCUUCUUGUCACUCGAUGAAUGUACUGUAUCAUUGCAAAUAGCUUUGGAAGAAACGUAUUGCAGGUGCAGUACAAAGAAAAACGUUAUCUGUGAUGGUCAGAUUUGUGUUGAUCAUAUGAAGACUCCAGUUCCCAUAGGUCAGCUGUGUGAUUUUCCUUCAUUUGUUUGUCUGUAGUGAAAGGUGCAUAUCAGACAUGCAUAUAGAAGUUUUCCAGAGCACCCCACUUGUUCUUCCGUUCACAUUAAGCAGGGCAUCCCAAUAGGGCCAGAUAUAUAUUUUUUUGUGACUGGACACUUCAUAGGGAGCUGCCUUGCUGAUGUUUCAAACUCUGCUAGAACUUUAAUCUUAUUAUUUUCUGUUCUAUGAGCACCUUUUUUACAGAUUUUGGUUGUCACAUGGAUCAUAUAAGCUGUCGGGUCCCUCACCGCUUAGUGUGUGUAUUUACCCACUGGAUGGGUUCAUGUGUGUAUGUUCAUGUUGUCCCACUGUUUUUAUGGAAACCAAAGCAAGGCUGUCCUUUUUUGGACAGUAACAGCCAGGCAAGCUGUUCAGUGAUGAAAUCUUGUACUCCCAUGUGGAAUGUGUUGUCCGUUGGAUUUCUGACAAAACUGCAUUACAAAAUGAUUCAUAUUAGCUUUACGUUGUGUGUGACUUCUUAAUUUGAACCGGUAGAAUCAUCAUUUGUUUUCCGUUGACUAGGACCAAUCUAAAGCUAUAAUAGUGCAAUUUAGAAGUUGUAGCGGAGAACCUUGGAUACAAUUUGAGUUAGGAAAGAGUGAUAGCAUACACGUUUGUAUCUAUUUGUUUGCUGGUUGAGAUAGCUUUUAAUGUGCCUUGAAGUGAAAAAAAAUGUGUGCUCCAAGGUUUCCUAGUAUACAGAUUAAGGUUAAUGUGAGGACUAAUAUCCCACAUAACAUGAGUAACAUGUUAGCACUGCAUUGACGGGUUUGUAGUUACUUGAGGUGUGAGUUGAUUGUAGACCUAAUGUGUCAUUAGCAUGUACUGAUGUCUGAGAGGAAAUUGUGUGUUGCUAAUUUACUAGUUACCACUGAUGGACAUGGCUUUUACUUAGUUCUUAUUUAACCCAGAAGAGACACAUUUGAUCAUAACAUUCCAUUCAUUCUUGUUUUCCACAUAAGAUUUCAGGGGAGUUUUGUACACUGCUGAGCUGCAGUGAGAACAUGAGAGAUGGCUUUUGAAGACGAAAAAAAAAAGCAAACAAACAUGAAAUACUUCUUAAAAUAAACAUUCAUCUUUUUUACCAAAUCA